GUGAGGUGCGCUGGCCUCAUGCAGCGAUGCGCUUCGUUCAGACGCAAAUGUCUCCGGGCUCACGAGUUACUGCUACCUUUGACGGGACUAGAAGGAGAAUUUGAAUGUCCGGUCUGCACGAUUCGGUUUAAGUUAAAAGGCAAACAGUGGAAUCAUUUCGACAAGCAUCGCAUCAAGUACGUGUGUAGAGACUGCGGGUUUGUGUCCCGGUCGAGACACCAGGCAGGGUUGCAUCACGCUUUCCACGCCGGCAAGAGAUACCAGUGUCAGUAUUGCGACAAAGAAUUCAGUCACGAAGAAAGUAUCGCGAAUGUAGAACCUGCUCUGUAACGUUCAUGAGCAACGACGCAUUGAAGAGGCACCAAGAAACCGGAGCACAAAAGAACCACGCUCGGCUCAGCCCGUGCGUGCAGUGCGGGGACAACUUCGAGAGCGAGGACGCGUUAAAACAGCAUGCGGACUCGGAACAUCCGACCUGCACAGAGUGCAACUCGACGUUCCUGAACGCGGAAUCAUACAACGUACAUAUCACGCGCAAACACCUCGGCAAAGGCAGCUCCCAGCAGAAAGAGCGGAAGGCGGGCUACCAACGCGCGCGGGUUCGCGUCCCGCCGCAAAUGAAAAAUAAGUGCUGUGAGCUCUGCGGGAAAAUGUUCAACAGUUUCCAGCUGCGCAUCCACAUGAGGCAGCACACUGGGGAGCUGCCGUUCGCGUGCGACCAUUGCCCGAAGCGCUUCGAAUCGAAAACCAAAAUAGGUUUCCACAUGAGAGCGCACACGGGAUACAAACCCUACAAGUGCGAGCACUGCGACCUCGCCUUCUCAAUGUUUAGCAACCAUCAGCGACAUGUCAUGGUUGUGCACAAAGGCGUCCGCAAUAGCGCCAAGUGCGACAUCUGUUGGCACGUGCUCGCGACUCCCUCCACGCUCAGGAUGCACGUGCGCACCGUGCACAACGGCGAGCCGUGGCCUAAACGUGCUCCCAGGAAGAAGAAAAACAAAAAUGUUGAAAAGCCCCCGAAAUAGACCGAUUUCCAUCAAACAAGGCUAAGAACACUCCCGACUAAUUCAGCUUUAAAAAAAAAACUUAAUUUAUAUCGGUUCAUCUGCUAUAAUUUAGUAGAUAUGUGGAACUCAUGUGUGUAUACCAGCGUGGUAGGGUUUGGAGGAUAACAUUAUGAGCUAUUAGACCUGCAACCAUUGUAACCUAAACUCAACACACAAUAAAAUAUUUCAUUUCAUUUCUGUUCGGGAGCUACGAUGCCACAGACAUGCUAUGCUGAUGAUGCUGGAGGUGCGUUGCCGGUCUUUAAUAUGAAAUAUCUCUUUUCUUGAAGGUUUGCAGGAUAGAGGAAAUAUCCCGUCGGUCGACAAACAAUAUUUUAAAAUUUGACAGCUACCUCGGUGCGUCUUCAAUAAAAACCGGCCAAGAGCGUGUCGGGCUGUCGGGCCACGCUCAGUGUAGGGUUCCGUAGUUUUCCGUUUUUCUCUCAAAAACUACUGAAUUUAUCAAGUUCAAAACAAUUUU